ACUGCCAGAUGACUUUAUGACUCCCUCUUCCUCACCCCUCACCCCUCCUCCUCUUGCCUGAAAAUAGCUGCUCCCCACGCCUGAAGUCCCAGAAGGCCAACCAGCACAGCAGAGUCCAAUGAAGUGUACACUGAAGUCCCUCAGGAGAAUCGCAGAGGAAGGUUGUGUACCUGGAUCUGCUUCUUGUGGUUGGAAGAAGACUGAAGCCAAGCUAAAGAGGGAGAAGAUGACGAAGGCAAUGAUGAUGAAGUGUGUCAUCUGAGCCACUCCUGCUUCAUCCCGGAAGCAAAUACCAGUGGAUCCUAUAACAAAGUACACACACACACCUGUUCAGAGGUCACUAUUCAGACUUUGUCUGUUGUACCUUUCGGGUGUGCACAUUCCUCGUUGAGUAUCCCAGUGAGUGUGAAGAGGGCGAAAACCAGGAGAGAGAACAUGAUCGUCAACACCUCCAUCUCCGCCAGAGAAGAUGCCAUUUACAGCCAACAGCCACGGCCGCUACCACAGCUGUGAACGGCUCAUCGGUUAAAUCGCCAUCAAAGCGGGAGGGCGGUGGAGGACGAAGUGGAGGAGUUGGAGGGGGAGGAGAUAGUGCGCACUGUUGAGUAGUUUCCCAGUCGUCAUGGCGACCUCACACCCCACCAUCUCCAGAGCUGUCUCCGUGUUGCCACGGUGACCUGAACCCGUUCAAUCUCCGCUCCACUUGAUGAUCCGGAUUGGGCUGAUAAAGGAGAGGUGAUCCAGGAGUGCCGUCCCCCUUUUGUUAAAAGCAGCCCAUGGAUGGGCCAGCGGAUUACACGCACAGACUCUGAUCGGUGGACAGGAAGGCUCAUCGUGUUGGGAAUGCUGUGGGAGUAACACCGGAGUGUUGCCUGGAAACAGCAACAUGCCAGUACAACAGAUAACUGUCGUCCCGGCCAAGGAGCCUGCCAGCAACGGCAAGAGCUCCUCUCGCUCCAAAGAAAAGACAGAGGGGAGGAAGGGCGCAGGGCGCUCAGGGAGUCGAUCCAGCAACAUCUCCAAGGCCAGCAACUCUACAACGGGAUUAACUACUGCUUCUAGAACAUCAAUCACCCCGUCCCCGCAGGACAUAUGCAGUUCUGGCCAGCCGACCCUUGUAGAGGAUAUUUCUGAAUUGCAAGAACACAACCAGCAAAACCAAGACACAGUGAUGACUGUUGCCAGCACCAAUCUGGGCUCAUCAGCUCAGGCCCAGAAGAAGCAGGUGAAGCGUCGUCACCGCCGCAAGAGGAGCAGCUGCGCCACCCUCGAAUGCUCGGAAACCAUCGCCAAACAAGAGCAGACCGACCGCAGCGACGUCAGCUCUGAACGAAGUGAACAAGGGGAGAAGAGGGAGCAACCCUCCAAGAAUCGGAGAGAGCUCCAAACUCGCCACCGCUCCACAAGACCCCCCCAGUCAGACUCUAGCUCUGAGGAGGAUUCAUGGCGUGAGGCCCGCAGCUGGAGCAAAGAGAAAGCCCGGAGAGUGCGCCGCCGCAGUGGGAGCAGCAGAGAAAGGGAGAGAGAUGGGGCAGAGAGGAACAAAGGUGGAGAUGACAAAUCCGAUGUAAUGGAACUGCAGUCAGUGGGUUCAGAUGAGGGAAAGGAUAACCAGCCUCUGGUGGGGGACAGUGGAGGCCUUAAGAAGCGGCACAGUGGCAGGGCAUCGCUGAAGACGGAGGUUUCAUCCAGAGAACGUUCACAGAGCAGAGAGAAGGAGAAGAGCCACAAGCCACGCAGCCAAAGAGGCAGCUCCUCUUUGGCAGAGGACGGCGAGGAGCUUAUCACCAAGAAAUACCAGGAAAAGGGGUCAGGAGGGGGAGACAUGUCAGUGCCAACACCACAGAAACACUGCGGUGUGAACGGGAGCACAGCACGAUACUGCUCUGAUGACUCUGAGACGGAGGUCUGCAGGAUCUGCCACUGUGAGGGGGAUGAUGAUAGCCCUCUGAUAAUGCCUUGUCGCUGCACAGGGAGCCUCAGUUUCGUCCAUCAGGCUUGUCUCAACCAGUGGAUCAAAUCCUCAGACACACGCUGCUGUGAACUCUGCAAGUUUGACUUCAUCAUGGAGACGAAGCUCAAACCUUUACGCAAGUGGGAGAGGCUACACAUGUCCAAGGGUGAGAGGAGGAAGAUCUUCUGUUCAGUGAUGUUUCACCUGAUAGCAAUAGCGUGUAUGUUAUGGUCGGUCUACGUUCUCAUCAAAAGAACCGCAGAAGAGAUCAGACUUGGGAAGAAUGAAGAAUUAUGGAGAAUUUCUCUUCUGAAGUACUCCACGCCUGGGGGCGUGUUAGAGUGGCCAUUCUGGACGAAGCUGAUUGUGGUGGCCAUCGGCUUCACAGGCGGCCUCAUCUUCAUGUACAUCCAGUGUAAAGUCUACCUGCAGCUGUGGCGCCGCCUGAAGGCCUUCAACCGCAUCAUUACCGUGCAGAACUGCCCUGAGAAAGGCCUGCAGGGCCCUCAGGCCCAGUCUAACAGCUUAACCAACGGCAGGCACGAAACUGUUGAGGUUCCAAUCAACACAGCACCCGCUCCAGCUCCAGAGCAACAGACGGACUCGGACAUGUCGGUGGAGGCCGCUGUGGCACCGGCACAAAACCCUGUCUGACUGACUCUCUCCACCUGCUCAGAAAGAGUCCUGAAUCACACCCUGCUCAUCCUACAGAACCAGCUGACGAGAGCAAAGCGUGGUUUAGACUCUUACAGUGUUUUAGUUUUGUUAAUCCCAGCUCCUCUGAUUACUGAUCCAAAUAUACAAUGGACGGAUUUCAAAUCCUUGAGUGAUAGUGGAAAACUGAGAGGCUGUGGUGAAGCAAAUUUGCUAAGAAACAAAGAAUAAUGCUGGCCAGAAAAACGAGGUAAAAAGAUGUGAAGGAAGAGGAAAAUAAGCCAUCAGGAAGAGGGCAUUUCUAAAUACUGUAUUUAUGUGGUAAAUCAACAGUUUAUUCCUGUAUGCACUUUCUUAAACUGCACUGACAUGAGUUAAAGAUGUAAACACAUCUGGAUGCUGUUAAAGGUCUCAGUAUGCUUCAAACUAACCUCGACUUGCACAUACUACAGCCAAAGGAAGGAACCAAAAGCCAUGAACUUGAGGAACAUUUAUGGCUGAUUUGAAAAGUGCAAGUCGAGUAGUUGUACAAACUGAAAUAACAAACUUUCACCAAUCUCUUAUUGAAGGUGGUGAUUCAGAUUGUAUGUGAUGUCAAUCGUUGUGCAGAGAUAAAAUCACAUCUCUGCAAAGCUGCUCAAAUACUGCAGAAAGGGACUAGUGUAGUGACUAACAGGUCAAAGCUGUUUGUGAUUCUUUCCUUACUGCUCAAGGUGUCUGCAGUUCGUUGGCUGGUCACUAUUUUGGUCUCUGUUGCGAGUUAGAAAUCUGUCGUUUUAAAACAGAGCUGAGGCCGUCUUUAAAGUGGAAACAUCAGUGUACACAUUUGGACAGAAUCAAUUUAAAGGUAUUUAUUACACUGAAUUCCACUGCAGACAUCAGAUGAGAAAGAUUGAGAGUGGAAAACGAGUUUGAGGAGAAACUUACACACCUCUGAAGUACUUACUAGCUAUUACCUGAAGAGGGUAAGAAGUUUCAGAAGCUGGCCCAACAAGCACCUUUACUUGAAGCAUACUGAGGCCUUCACCCUCUUCUGGACAAUCAGGUCUUCAGUCACCAAAGAGUCAGACAUGGUGAAUAGAGAAACAUGUAUUUAAACGCUAACUUUAGCUCAGUCUGAAAUGGAAACAUUUUAAUGUUUUGAAAAAGCUGAAUUUAUUUAUCGUCACAGGGAAAUUUUGAAUAUUUCUUGAAAUAGCAAGUCUCUAGUCGCCCAGAUGUUCCUGAUGUUUUGUUUUGGCUGUUUUCAGCUUUAUGUGGUCCUGUCUGUCAGGUCAUGUUAUUUAUACACUGAUGUUAUACAAGCUUUUAUUGUUGCCAUCCAUUAUUACACUUGACACACUGUAUGAAUAUCUGAACAGCCAAAGAGGCGCCUGUUGUUCUCUGCUUUUCAAUGUCAAAUUCUCGUCACAGAAAUUGUCUGUGCAUCUUGUAUCAACUACAGUUGAGGGCACUCAACAUCUUUGUCUAAAUCUUUUUUCUAUUUCUGAUCAGGUAAAAUGUUUCAUGUCACAUACAAUGCAUAUUUGUUUGUGCAAUAAACAAUGAAUGUAGACCCCC